GACCCAUGCUAUCAUUAUCAAAGCCUGAGUGAUGCCAACAGAAAGAGCAGUUACAUAACACCCCAGUACCAAGAGGUGUGUGAUGACCAAAUCCCUGUGGAAUGGUAUCGUUUUGUGGGAGCUUCAGGAACAAAAAUGCCAACAGCACGUGUGCCAGCAUACAGAUGUGGUACAGACUGGCCAGGCUGGUUGAAUGGUGCUCAUCCCACAGUGGAGGAUGGUGUAGUUGACAGGUCGGUCUGCUUUAGUGAUCGCUCUACUGGUUGCAAAUACUCAAAAACUAUUGUCGUAAAAAACUGUGGAUCCUACUUCAUCUAUAAACUUUUUCACUCACCUGGUUGUAACUCACGCUACUGUAGUACAGACUGAAUAUGAAGCAAAUAUAUCUAGCGUAGAAGAGGACUCAUAAAUCGCUCCGUAGGUACAUGUGUAUAAGGUUUUUGACAUUUGACGUAGCUAACCUUUCUUCUCUAUCGAGAAAAUUAUCAGAAGAUUUAAACUUUGGUGGCAGGCAGGUAUUUAUUUCAUUACAAUGAUAAUUCUCGUCAGAUAGCCUCUGUCAUCAAAGACAGUCGAAGGAUCUUCAACGUAAUCUUCAAGGUAAUCUCUCAAGCUGAUGGUUUUCGAGCCUUUUAAUUCUGUAUUUUGUAAUUGUAAUACUAAUUGUAAUUGUGUAUUUUUUUUAGUUUAUCUCUUUUUUAAUCCUUCUUUAGCUGUAAUUAUUAACCGUGGUUAUUUUAGCGCAGGUCGGCGGAAUUCAACCGGGCGCUAUCUUACGAUAUCAGCAUGGAAAAAAAAGGAAAGACAGCCAAAAUCUGGUGUCCCAUGAAAUUAGUUAAAGUCAACGUAAUAAAUUCAGUAUUUUGUGACUCAGUAUUUUGCAACUUUAAACCAAUUUCUAGACACACAGUAAGCAAAAUUCAAUGGUUCAGCCUGUCGUAAACGAGUGUCAAAUGUGUCCGAAUCGACCAGGAUUCAUUCGUAGUGGAUCUCUCACAUUUCAGACUGAUUUUGAAUCCAAGUUCAAGCUCUUUUCGCAUUGGCCUCAAAUUUUUCCUACACAGCUUAUUUAAUUAUGCGCGCAGGCACUUUUUUCAUUGAAGAUGAAAUAAGUUGUAUAAGUAAUCAGGCGUUUCGAGUGCAAUUUGGGAGAAAUCAGUACGAGUAAAUUUUCCAAUGCUAAUCAAAUUACAUAAGCCCGUAGGGCGAAUGCAACUUACAUGUGUAUGAUUACGUUUAAUAACUGCAUGUGGCUUUUAAAAGUUGAUCUUCUUUUCUAAGUUUAAUGUUUGCCAACAACAGAAACACGCAAAAAGAAAAAUACACGAAGCUGCGAUGUGCUAAAACUAAGACUCAGAGUAGUAUAGGCAAGUUUUUACGUGUUGUAAACAACUUUGUACACCGUUAAAGCACAUCACCAACAAUUUUUCACAGAGAUGUUCAGUUUGAAAUCAAAAUCACAGUUUCUCGCUGUGGAAUUUUCUUUGUUUUAUUCUGCAAAAAUAUUCAAAGGAUCCUAUGAAAAAUAAUAAGGGCAGGAAAGAAAUCCACAAUAUGGCAGAUAUGAUAUUUCUUUUCUAAGAAAAGUCCUCGAAUCAUUUGAUGUUGAUUUGUCUAGAAUUUUAAAGAAGAGACCUGAGCACAAAGCAAAUGGGGCAAAGCGAGGCGAGUUUAUCAACAACGUGUCAAAAUAUAGAAAAAUCGUUGGUGGUCUUUUCAAGGGGAAGUGAUAUGAGCUGGGUCACUUUGUGGCUCAGCUUCUUGAGUGUGUAAGUAGAAGCUAAGAGUAUCGUGUAUUUUUUCUCAUUAUUUAACAAAAACUGCGUAUCUCUUUGUAAAUAGAUUUAACUUGCAUGGACUAUUUUCAGCUAAGUUUCAUAACAUGAACCCGAGAGUAAAUGUUACGGGCUGUGUAAUCCAUUGUCCAGUGUAGGUUCUCGAUACCAUUCAUCUGAUGAAAGGUCUUGUGAAACACUCUUCAAAUUCACAUGAUAGGAAUCGCGAAAGAGUAGCUCUCACCAUUUUUUGACGGACUUAAUAUAAAUAGCCAGGAAAAAUAACAACAACUAAAAGGAAAUGUUCGGGUAAAUGCAUGAAACCAGCACCCAGAGAAGUUAAAUUAGAGCAUCUUGAUUAAAUUGCAUGUAAUUUUCACAAGUAAUGUUAGAAUUCAAUUGCCAAUCAUUAUUAAAUAAACAAAUUUUAAAAAAAAAAUUUGCAAAAAGGCAUCUCUCGUUGUUUCUACCUUUUUUAGUGCUCAGAGGUGUGCAUUAAUUUGCUAUCCACAGAGGGGGUGGGGGGGGGGAGUUUCUUAACAAAAGAACAAUAGGAGAAAUUAUUGUUAUCUUUAGGAGCUAAGAAUAGUAAUGGAUACCUCUUGAAUUUUGUGCAUAAAAUGCUUUAAGAAAAAUUCAUAUUCAAAUUCCGCUAGUGAAUGAGGUUACUAAUAAAAAGUGCAAACGCACUGGGCGGUUAAUUUCGCACGGUUGGCAUAUUUUUUUCCAUAUCUGGAAACAGUCGGAACUGUUGCUGAAUAAAGACUGGUAAUGAAACCACGAUCGGGAAUUUUGCCAUCGUCUUUCAUUGCUGGAUUGCAUUAUUCAUCUUGUCGAUGUCAUCUGUUUGGUAGAAGGAAGUGAAUAACGUUUUUGUACACCACUAAUGUGAGUGCAAAUGCUGGCGUUAAUCUAAAAAAAAAAUCAAACAAACAAAAUACAGUAAAACCAACAAUGAACGUGUUCGCAGAGAUUAUGGUUUCUGAAUAUCUUCCACAGUGCCCCUUAGCUGGAUUUCCGAAACUCGGGAAAAAAAAAAACGGGGAAAACUGCAAAAACAUACACGAACACAUCAGAUGGAGCACAAAAACUUGUGAUAAGGAUGAGUAUCUUGAUAAUUUUAUAGUAUUCGAACAUAUAACUGAUGAAAACAAUGACAUGACAUCUUCUUUAUAAAACUAACUUCGAAUUUGAUAGCCUCUUAAUGUAUCUAUCACCUGUCUCUUCUUCCCAGUUUCUCACAGACAAGAAUGUACAAAUAAGUUUAAACACCCUAUGGGGGUAACUCGUCUUUUAAGACCCUUUUAUUUACAAAGCACCAUGUAAAAUUAAAGAUGGGAUCCCACUAAGCCUUUCUGGACAAUUCUAGAUUAUGUAAAACUUGUUACCAAAUCUACUUCUAUCAUCAAUUUUAUCCUUAAUUCAUUCUGCCUUACCUGAGGACACUGGGAAUCAAUCCUUUGUAAAAUCCUCUUGCUCCUUCGUGCCUAAGAUUUUGAAGAGAAUCCUCCGUGAGAGGAGACCAGAAAAGAAGAAAAUACCUAUUUCAUGAAAAUGUGGACUUGAUCACUUAGCCGUAAAUGUAAGUCGAUCCAAAAACUGGAUCCGAUCCUCAAACAAGCUGGACUCAGUUCUCCGCCAAUUUCGGUCCAGUUCUCUGUCAAAUUGUUUCAAUCGGGCAAUAAAUGUACCUCCAUUCAAUGUAGAUAGAUUUGAAACUAGAGAUAGAAAGCUAGUCUGUAAUGCAUUAAAUUAGAGUUAAGUUCUCAUAUGAAGUUUCAAGUGACCUUAAAGUUUUACUAAUCUUAUCUAAGGCGCCUUUGUAUUCUACCAUCAUGUACUGAUUCUUUAGAAAAGUGAAAUUAGUGAAUAAUAAAUAACAAAAGGAAACAGUAAGAAUAGAACGAUUCUCCGAAAAAAAAAUAACUCGCGUAGAGACAACCCCAGAUAUAUUCAAUUCGUUUUGGCCAAUCUUAUGGGCACAGGAUCAAAACUUUGGCGCCGUGCGUUCCCGUAGCCAUCUUGGAUCCGUGUUUCUUGGGAGGAAUAGAAAGAGUGAAAGAGGGUGAAAGCUACUCUCCGUCUAUGAGAUUUGAUAUUCAUCCCUAUUGUAGGCUUUCCCUGGCCUUUUGUUGGUGUCCAUUUGAACUCCUGGGAGGGGGGUUAUUUGGGGCUAAAAAGUCUUUUCCUAGGGAAACCAACGCAGUGACUUGGAUGGGGCUCGAGGCUCGAGUACAGGCCACAUCAACCCGGAGUCCAGCAAACCAACCGAUGAGACCGCUGCAUCACCAGCAUGAAAACUUCAAAAAGCUUAAACUACAAGUUUAUUUCAAGCUAAUAGCAUAUAAACGUAAAACAAAAUCUAUGUUAUAAAGUUAACGCUUUGCUUAUGAAUCUCCCAUUCUAACCUGAAGUCUUGCUCUAACCACUUGAUAAGGAUAUGUCGCUGUUUCCGCGAAAAUUUUCGACAGUGAAGCCAUUACAAGGUACUCUGUUGAACUCUAUAAAGAAAAGGAAAAUUGGCAAAAAUAAAAUUCAGGAGAAAACUCUUCAUAUGAAAAAAGCUUUAAUAUCUUUUCAGCAUUUCAGAGUGAUUUCCAAGAUGACUCACGAUUACAUAAUAAAACCACAUGUACAACGAGUUAAAAAGGUUGUCGUUUGGGCGUCAGCUGUGGCUUCAAAAUGCUGAAGCUCGUCAUAGAGGGCGACUACCCACUUUCACAAUCAACAAGCAUCCCACACCCUUCCCUCUGUCAUGUUCUCCCUUUACAUUUGCCAAUGACCAUUACAUGUGUUUGUAUUAACCUUCUACACCAUAACAUCAGUAUGCGUAUUCCCCAUACUGUUCUCUGUACAUUUUCGAAGGUGCUUAUUCUUAUGUUCUCCAUGUGAAAUUCAGAGGUGAUAUUAUAAACCCCCUAAACAGGUAAUGAUAAUACUCAAACUAUCAGGUAGAACUUUUUAUUUUGAUAACACCAAAUUUUCCGAACUAAUUUACAUAGAAAUGUGUAGCCACUAGAAGGGAGAAUUAACAAUCAAAUCUUAAGAGUUAAAGGGUUUAAUUAGGCUGAAUUAGAUUUGCAUGGUCGCUGACUCUAAGACUUUGUUUUGUUUUUACUCUUUCCCUCCCUUUUUCUCUUUUUGGUUGUUCCCCUCCUUUUUUAGCUGGUUCAAAAACCAGUGUUGGCUUUGUGCACAUCUGGAGACCAAAACAUACAAACUGUGAUAAAUGUACCUCCAUUUAAUGUGAUAGAUAUCUACCAUGCGAUAUCACAAUGAUUAGCAUUAAGUCCCAAAACUGAAUAUAAGAGAGAUUACUGUGAUUAUAUCAUACAGACCUAAGAUUGCUAAAGUUCUUUGCAAUCAGAGUGCCGGACAAUGAAUCGGUCAAAAAAUACAGCCCAAUCUUUUGAAUACAGUUUUCAAAUUAUCCUUUCAACGAACACUUGAUUUCCCACGACUGGAUUUCCCGUGCACAUGAAAAGUGAAUGUAUAAAAAUUAAAGUCUAAAUACAUCUUUGUUAAUUCCAGCUGCAAUUAAGCACUGGAGACAUAAGCAAGUUUUAAGUUGGCUUAAAUAAGUUGGCUACAGUAUCUCAGGAAUAGCCAAAAGAUACUUAAAUUUCUCUUCAAAGUUGUAGGCUAUUGUUAUCAUAGAGGUGAAUUGCCAAUCAGGUGACAUGUGUUGAAGGCCUAAAUGUAAUGAAAUCCUAAAUGCAAGAACAUUUAGCGCUAACUGUAAUAAGCCUCCGGUGCAAUCGUUUAACUCCGUCAGCGCAUUGUCGUAGCGGACAUCCACGUUAAGAUGUUAAAGUGACAGCUGUUGCACCAAAAAAUCCUCUGGUCAGUAUUCAUGUCACAUUGCGGGCUCGCUGAUAUCAAUCAGCGUCUUCUUAUUUGCUAGAGUUAAGUCGAAAAGCAUUGGUUGCAAACCGUUAAGCUGAUGCUAAUUGGCAUCAUAUGACAGCUGGCAAAACAAUGAGUACUCUGACCAAUACCUCUCUAUAUAUCGCGGUCAGGUGACCGAUUCUGAGAACACCUUCGAGACGUAGAGAGAAUUGACAAGGACGCAUCCAAGCCAAUCGCUAGACACUUAAAUCUUCCUUAUCAUUCUAAAAAGCAUAUGACAGUUUCGGUCACUUCCUUCUUUUGUUCAGUCACAUGUCACACAUAAACUAUGGUAAUAAGAUUGAAAAACCCCGCGAAAAAACAAGGAACCCAGAAAAAAAUGAAAGCGAGGCUGUAUUAGCAUAAAAUUUUAUUAUGUAUUUAGAUGAUGGCCAUUAAUAGCUUUCAGGACCUGUCAUUUCUCUCACUUAACUUAGCCAAGGUAUCUUCGCAAGUUAACAUCACCAAGUAAGCACAUCACGGGAUAGGUGUUGCAUCUUAAAAGUAAGCCAAUUUUCUUCAACCGAAGAGAACACUCCAUGAAUGAAAAACUACAUUAAAGCUAUUUGAAAAAUACAAGUUCUUCCUUAAGAGUAAAGAAAAAAGGGGAAAAAAAUGUCGGAACGAAUUCUAUGUGAUAAUCCCUCGCAACUGAAGAAAGCUUAACUUUAAAGCGAUUAGUUUUGAAUUUUAUAAUCCUCGUAAAGGAUUUGCUUUUCCCCUUUUUUUCUGCUGACAGGUAACAUGUUAAAAGUGACUUGAUAAUUCUAAUUCUCCAACUAACAGAGCAAGAAUUUCUUUUUUUAAAUCGACGGAUUCAGAACUUUACAUCAUUUUUUUCAAACAAUCUGUCCAAAAAAGAUGUUCAUUCACAUUGGAGAUUCUCUUUAUCAGAUCUCGAAUUUCACGUUUGCAAUGCAGUAUAAUCGAUGUGAAUAUAACAAUAGUAUUCUUCUCAGUGAAUAGAAAACCUUUAAAUUUUGAAAUAUUGGCCAGAGAAUGAAGACGUUCAAAUGGCUUUUCUUUUUUCUACUUUUUACAACUUUGGACGACUUUCUUUGCGGCGCAAAGUUUUGAAACAGUUUUCUUUCUUUAAUUUGGCACGAAAGAGAAUUCGCCGACAUGACAGUUUAUAAUCUGACUUAAAGUCAUUGCGGGAAAAAACAAACAAACAAACAAAAAAACUCAACGUCAUUUAACUAAACUCGCAAAGCCACAGAAUUGAGAAAGGGAACGAAAACUGAAUAGUUUCUUUGAUAUCAGCGUAGAUUUAGAAGGCCUAUUUGGUGCACCGUUUUAUUUUCUCGCUGAGUGGGAGUUGCUGUUUCACAGUAUUUUUGUUUUCAGUCAUUUGUGGCGGUGAAAUAUCGCUUUCCAAAAUCAGACACUUUCACAACAUGGCCAAAAUUUAUCGCAUACAACAUUAAAAAAACACGAUAUUUCCACAGAGGCAAUUUUUUUUAAUAUAGUAGCUACUAGCAUGAUCCAUAAAAUAUCACCUUUGAUUGCCAUCCAUGGAAGGCCCUUGCAUUUGUUUUAAUACGAUGAUGCAAUUUAUGGUCGAGUUCCACUUUGGUUCUAAUUUCCCUCGACAGUUUUGAGAUUUUGCGGUGCCUUGAGAGAGAUCAAAUGAAAAAAAAUGUGCUAAAUGUCGUGCGGGAAUUUGCUUUAUUCUCUAUGAGUAGAGAGCUGGAGCAGUCCUUAAGACUAACAUCUACAUUUAAAAAACGCAAUUGAUCGCGUUGAUGUACGGUUUCGGCAAGAACGGAAUCAUGAGGUUCAAACUUUUCCCUCAAGUUUUGAUAACGGAGUUGAAUAAAAAUAUAUUUUUUGGGAAAAGUAGUAAGAGGAUAAAGUUCAAAUUGCUUGACUGGUCUUACUUCUUUUCUACUUUGAGAAGUUGAAUCUUCAAGACUAAAUUAUCUUCAAGCUGCACAGGUGUUCUCAGCCGGUAGGGAUUUGCGUCCACGGGGUGUCCUGCAAUAAAAACCCCAUAGGGAGGUUUGGGAAAUUUCCAUUCUCCAAACUGAUAAAAAAUAAAUGUCUUAAUCCAUCAAAAUUUCAAACUCGUAAUUUUUUGGUUACGAAACCAACGUUAAAACAAUUCUUUAAAGGACUUAUUUCGGACUCAAGUUUCAAUGCACAGGGGCUGUACUACUUGGCGACGAUUUCGACGCAAACGAAAAUCAACAGCUGGAAGAUUUGCCACAGUCCAAUUUUUCCCGUGUACCUGAAAGAUUUCUUUUGUCGGUAUGGACCAAUACAAUAACUGUGAAUUUUGUACAUUGAAAAUUAGGCCCACUGUUUGUUUUUGUAGUGAUUAAACGCAUGUUUUCAUCUUGAGUGCGUCAUCGCACUUUACGACUCUUAUUCAAGGAUUGUCGAGGAUUUAUUCAUUGAUAAAGUCAACUUUUCUUGUCGGUUAAGGGCUAUUGUAUUUUUAUAAUAAACAAAAAAACACAUGGUUGCUCGUAGAUAUGAAAUUUCUCUUACUGUGUUCAACUCGACAUCUCAUCUCAAAAAAUAUCUUUCAAGAACAAGGCGAAAAUUGGCCAGUGGCAAAUCUUUUAGUUGUCGAUUUUCGUUCUCAGCUGGAUUGCAGCAUUUGUAGAAAGGAAGGUAAAAAGUUACAUGACUAAAGUUACAGUACUUUUGCCAUUUUUAUCUUAUCAAAACCAUGAAAUUAAAGCUGUCAUGAUGUGCAUAGUCGUUCUUAAUUUUGGAUGAUGUCGCAAACAUGCAUGUAUUAUCACCUUCCAAUAUAAAAAAAGAAAAAACACAAUUUAAUCCAUGACGUUCAGGGAUUCUUUUCAUCCAUGUUUUAAGAAUGCAGAACUUCUUUUUGACGCCAGUAAAUGCAUGCGUUGUCAGUGUGAUUCCAUUUUGUUAUUUUUCUGUCCAGCGAAGUGCGUGUGUUUCAUUUCAUCAUAUAAGGAUUCCUCUAACGUUGUUUUUUAUCUUAAGGCUGAUGCAGAUUCCACGAAAAUCAUCUGUGUUUUAUUUAUGCCCUAAUAACGCUUUAGAUACUCAUACCAUUUCGAGAAGUUGCAACAUUUUAAAAUAGAUUCCAGUUUUUUUAAGGCUGUUACACUCAAACAGCGCAUUUUUAUUCUCAACGACAAAUAGGAACAAGAAAUUAAUUAUUAAGAGCAUGAGAGAUAUUGACUAUUGUGACAGCAACUACUUUCACAAGAAACAAGCGCCGAUGACAGCAUCGUUUUCAGAGGGUUUUUAUUUCUCAUCAAAAACUCUGGAGGAAGCGUGCUACAUGCUAUAAAAGGUAAGCCAGUUUCUUUAGACGUUAGCAAGUUAAAAUCUGAAUAUGAGACAUUUCAUUUUUAAAUGAUUAUUUGGAAAUAGUAUGAUAGUUUUCCUUUUUUAGAAAAAAAAAAUAUAUAUAUAUAUAUUUUCCGAAAAAAACUAAGAUGAUAUGAUCCCCCUCCUCUGACGUCUGAGGUCAGCGAAACUGCAUUCCUUGCAGUUAUGUAAUAGGAUAGGAUGUAGGAAUUACCAUAAUAUCUCUAAUUCUUUAACUAACAGUGAAAGGAUCUUUUAAGUCGACGGAUUCACGACGUGACCCUUUUUAUCAUCAAAUCUCCAAUUUUAAGUUUGCAAUGCAGCAGAUAACCUUUAAAUGUUAAAAUCUUGGGCAGAGAAUGAGAAAAGUUAAAAUUUUCCUUCCUCUUGUCGACUUUCUACAACUUUCUACGACUUCCUGCGGGACGCAAGAUUUUGGAAUAGUUUGCUUCUUUAAUGUUGCGCAAGAGAGAAUUCUUCAAUGUGUCUCUUCUUAAUUUAGUUUAAUCAUUGAGCGAAAGCGUCGCAUUCAACAUUCAUAUCCUAACAGUGUGCACGAGGUUUGUCACCACGCACAUAGUUAGACAUGUCUAUCCGCCGUGAUAUUUUUUUUUCUCUGCUGGUUGGCUAAGUAAGCCACACUUUCCAGUUUCAGUAUUUGUGGGAAUGGCGUGGAAUUCAAGAUUCCUGAUCUUCCUUGCCUUUUUGUAUCUCAUGAACUUCGCUACUGCUAAAAAGCAAUGCAAGACAGAAGUUAGCUUACCUGGUAUGGCUCUCAAAGGAUUCGUCUUCAAAAAGGUCCCAGUAACAGCUCCUCAUGUGUGCGAUAUCACCUGCGAGAGGGAAAAGAUAUGUCAAAGCUACAAUUAUGUGAUUGGGGAAAAGUCCUGUGAAUUAAACACCCGAACCAAGGAAGCAAGGCCCGAGAAUUUCCAGCCAGAUGAUUUACGCUUUUACAUGGGACGCGUUAGUGGUAGAAGUAUGUAUCCGGUUUUGUUUAUUUUCUAUACAAAUCUUUCUCGAUGAGUUCUUAGUGAAAAACCGCCACUUUCCUAGGGCAAGUGUCUAAUUGCUUUGUUAUUAAAUAGAGCCAGUGUCUUAAAGCAAAAUUCGCCCUCCACACUACAUUAAUAUCAACUAAACUUCACAGAUCUUGAUUAUUAUUAUUUCAGGUUUAUCUUCCCCGGACAAAUACACUUUCAACUACAAUGUGUUUUGCAAUUUCUAUUACCCUUAAACUAUUAAUUAAGUAAUGUUUAUAUCGUAGCCCCCUUAGGAUCUAUUCCUGAAUUACCAGCGUUAUCGUGCCAAGAGAUAAAAUUAAGUGAAGGUGACGACAGUAUCAGUAAAAAGUACUGGUUGGAUCCAGCUAAUGUCGAGAGUUCAAAGUUGGUUUAUUGUGACAUGAUUUUGGGAGGUAAGUCAGUAUCAAGAACAGAAUUACUUUACACAGUGUUUGGUCUGCCUUUGCCCUUGCGUUUUUGUGAAAUGUUAUCACCUUGUCUCAGUGUUCUCUCUCGAUUGAUUUCCAAUUAGACAUCGAUGAAUGCAAAGGCAGCAAUAAAGUUUGUGACGAAAAUGCAAACUGCUCCAAUACUGUUGGGUUUUAUAAUUGCACCUGCAAUGAAGGAUUUACUGGGGAUGGAUAUUCGUGCUCAGGUAAAAUAGUUACAGACACGCCGUGGUACAGUACUCUUUUUCGCCUAAAAACCCUAAAGGUACAUUUGAGCUAUCUACAAUCGAUUAAGUGAAUAAUAGACCAAUAAUAGCUUGGAUGCUAUAUCAGCAGACCCUUAGCAUCAAACAAAGCCAUUUUAGCAGGAACCAUUGUCAUACUAGUGCUAAGUUAUGUUUUUUAAGCAGCAUUACCCAUACAUGUUUAUGCACGGAGUUGCCAUGAUAUACAUCCGGUUUGUUUCAGAGCCUUCAUUUUAGGGAAUUAAACAAAAAAAAAACAACAACAUUGGAGAAGAGAAUGCAAGACCUAGGUUGCAUGUUUCAAAAAUCUACUUCGUUAAAGACGAAAAAGUGAAAGCUUUUUCUUAUUAUCUGAAAUGAUUAAAGUAAUUACAAAUCGUUAAGUGACAAAAGUUAAGUGCAAAAUGCAUAUAUGGUUUCUCAGAUAUUGACGAGUGUAAAGGAAAUCACUCCUGUCACGCGAAUGCUACAUGCAUGAACAACCUUGGAUCACAUGUAUGUCAAUGUCAUGCUGGCUAUACUGGAAAUGGACAAAACUGCACAGGUGAAUUUAAUUUGUUCGUUACAAUACUUAGAAUAGUCCUGCAUGAUACGUUCGACUACAGCGCCGCACCAUUCAGCCGCGUUGCAAGACAAUUAGUAAAUUUAUUACUCAUAACUCGUUAUGAUUUAAGCAGCUGUUUCUCGUGUUAAGAACCUCCUUUGUAAUAUCUCUUUUAAAUGAAUAAUAUUGGUGACUGAUGCAUCGUUAUUCCCCUCUGAAAUGAACCUUAUCACGAUGAUUGACAGAGGCACGACAGUAAAAUCGCUCGUUUAGUUCUGAACCCUGUGUACAAGAUGAAUAUGUCAGUGAUUUUCCAUGGCGCUACCUUUUUUGUUGACGCUUAAUAUAUAUUUGAGGGGGGAAGUUGAAAAUUAUUAGCAACAAGUUUUAUAAAAUAGUCAACAUACUAUGAGCGCCCUCAUUGGUAAAAAACAACCAUUGAUUGCACCGAUAAACCCGUGGAAAAUUAAAUUUUAUGUUAUUAAAGUAACAGACCCCAUUUUCUAUCGGCUUACCAAAGAAGUGAACGUCUCCAGAUGUUGGGAAACCAUUCGAAAAACAUUCUCACAAUAUCCCACGUGGAUUAUCUCGGCAUUAGAGUGAUAGAAAGAGCGAUGAAUAUAGGGGGUAAGUCUCAAAAGAAACUGUAGUGCUGCGUCGGUGGGAGAGUAUAACAGGGUAAUUAAGUAUUAUCAACCGAGUUGAUAACGUAAAUUGGCCACCCUAAAGAGUUUUAAAGCUAACGCUCGAAACGUCAGCAUUGUAACUCUUUGCGGUGACCAAUUUACAUUAUUGACUCAGUUGAUCAAACCAAAUUAUCUCACUAAUAAGAUCUGUGGCAAAUGCGAAAAUUAAAAAAAAAAGGGAAAAGGAUAAAACUUUUACAGAAAUGAGAUGUUGACUCCUGAAGGGGUUGUAUAUUUUUCUCUGACCUUAGCUGACCAAGUCUUCAACAACAUUUUUUUCCUAUUUUUGUUCUCUCUCAGACGUUGACGAAUGCAGCGAGACACAUCCCUUUAAAAUGAACAAAUGCCAUCCGAAUGCAUCUUGCACUAAUACCCAGGGCUCAUACAACUGUUCUUGCAAUCCUUCGCUUAUUGGAGAUGGUUUUGAUUGUAAAGGUUAGUUUGGUUUUUGAAGGCGAUGAAAUUUUUAUUUUGUUUCCCACGUUAAAUGUAGCAGUAAAUUGUUUAGAGUUUUCUCUCAUCCGACAUUCACAUCGAGGAGGCAUAAUAUUACGCUCCCUUGAGCACAAGAACGAAUCGACUUUUGAUUAUAGGGGGGUAAGUUUCUGAAGACACUGUGAUGCUGCGUCGGUGGGAGCCACCGUAAAGAGUAAAAAAGCUAAUGUACUAACUUUUGAUUAUGUUUUAAAUGACUUCAAAACCUUAAACGAACUUUAAUACGAUGCAGACAUGACACUCUCCGUGGAAAUUCCCUUUAAGAAUCUCUAACCUUCCAAGAUUCUCUUAUAAUAAGAGCAGUUAUGAUCAGUCUAACAUAUACGACUUAUGCAAGCCAAUUCGCGUCAUGAUUACAAAUUAUUAGAUGAUGCUAGAAGGCAGAGAGUUAUUACACACUCCUGGGAAAUAAUUGGGUGACUAGCGAAUACUUCUGCGUUGUGUGGGAGCUGAGGAUUAAAGCUGAGGAUUAAAGCUGAGGAUCAAAAAUGUCUUAAACGUAUAUGAUAGCAUCCAGUUGAGGUACAAACAACUCAGGCUUUGAUGGGCGAUUAAAGCAAGAGGAAACGUAAUUCCUUAAGAUGCUAUCAUUUCAUUUUAGUUCCUUUGUGCGUCAUAAUUGUCCAACCCAAAUUCUUCUGACCCAAAUUCUUCAAAACCUGGGUGACGCUAAUAGAAAGAGCAAUUACGCUACACCACUGUUUUGUGACAACUUACUCCUCGCGGAAUUUUUUUUUUUUUUUUUUUUUUUUUGGGGGAGAAGCAGGAACAAGCCAGUUAUUUAGCCAGUUGUUUCAGGGCCGUCGGGUUGAUUAAUUGUAAUAUUCGUAAUGAAAUAUACAUUUCAAGUAUCUAAUUCGUGAAACGAAAAAAAAAAAGGAGGGCAUUGGUAAUAUUGUUUAUAAUUAUUAAAGUAAUUAUACGACUGAGAGUCUACCCAUUUUAAAGUGACAAACAUGAUAAAGUACAAAUACGUAUACGGUUUCUCAGAUAUUGACGAAUGUAAGGGAAAUCACUCUUGUCACGUCAAUGCUACCUGCAAGAACAUGGACAGAUCCUAGCUUUGUGAAUGCCAGCCUGAAUUUAAUGGAAAUGGUCAAAACUGCACAAGUGAAUUUAAUCUCUUUGCUCUAAUAUUUGGAAUAUUCUUGCUCGAAUCUAACCGGAAGCUGCCGUUUGCAAUUGUCAUUUCACUUUGCAGCUGAUCCUUGCUAUCUUUAUGAAAACCUGAGUGAAGCCGAUAGAAAGAUAAAUUACAGUACACCUCACGGUUCAGAGUUGUGUGACAGAAAACUCCUCGGGGGAUGGUAUCGUUUUGUGGGAGCUGCAGGAACAAAAAUGCCAACAACGCGCGUGCCAGCAAACAGAUGUGGUACAAACUGGUCAGGCUGGUUGAAAGGUGCUCAUCCUACAGUGGAAGAUGGUGAAGUUCAAAGGACAGUCUGCUUUAGUGAUCGCUAUACUGGUUGCCAACACUCAAUAAAUAUUUUUAUAAAAAACUGCGGAUCUUACUUCAUCUACAAACUUCACCCACCUAGUUGUGAAUCACGCUACUGUAGUACAGACUGA